AUGCCAGUUUCAGAUAACGGUGCGAUCUACCAGCAGUCUUAUGCGGAAGGUUUCUCGGUAGCUACAACAGCAUGUCUAGCUUAUCUCCAGCGUGCUUUACCUUGCAGUGAACUUUUCCCUCACAUGCAGCAGUUCCACAAUGGUUUGGUGCAGCACCUCCAAGCUGUAAUGUCGAAUCAGAUGAAGGGGUCUCCGGAUGGUGCGCCUCCCUCUACUGCACCUUCUCAGCCACUACCGCCAGCAGUAGCACCGCCACUGUGUCCUCCAGGAAAAUUUCUGACCGUUUCUCCAGCACCCGGAAAUUUUCCUCCUGCUCCUACUAUUUAUUCGGCCUCCAGUUACUCCGUACGAAAUUUACCAUAUCAGUGUCUGACGCCACGUAUGUUUUUUGCUCCCUGCAUCCCGGGAACCUGUGGUACUCCGAUUACACCGUGCGCAGCACCUGUUCCUGUUAUGCCAUCGCCUUGUACACCAAGAUCCGCCGUACCUCAUCCAGUCGCUCUGUUGGGUGUACAUACUCCUGUUGCGGACUCCAGGAGACAUUGCCAAAUGGAACGAAAUCGCCGGAAUUUGGAAGUGAUAGCAAGCGGCGAAGUAACUUCUGAACAAGAAAAGAUCCGGAAGAAACGGGUAGAACCGCCGGCAAAACUGGCAGAAACAUCGCAGAAGGAUUUGAAACUUUGGAGACCUUUUUGA